UAACUUUUAGUGUAUUUUCAAUGCAUACCUUGGGGGUAAUAAGAUUAAUCGGAAACUUUAAGGAUUUCCAUCGUCGAAAGUAUAUUUUAAGCUCAUUUAGAAGACAAACUUUUGAUUUUGAACUGUUCAAAUUUCCAAGUUUGGAAUCAUUUCAUAGCCGAGUUAUGAAAGGAAGGCAUCCGAUAGACAAAUACAGAGAAAAUGAGAUGCGUCAAACUAACAAUUUCUGCUCUAGAUACCUAUUCUUUUUAAAUAUAACCAUUUUUCUAAACUUAUUUGCAACAUAUGUUGUUAAUUAUUUUGAACCAACGUAUGAGAAGUUCAAUCCCACAGUGAACGGAACGUCUUUAUACAGAGACUAUGCUUACGGCUUAUGGUAUCCGUUUGAUACCUCUAUUUCCGAUGGAUUCUACUUACUUGGAUUUUUCUAUCAGCCUUAUGCUUUUUUUUACCUCAUGGAUAGUCUCGCGUGUAUUUAUACGUUUGAAAUAAGUUCAGUUAUCUAUUUGACAUCUCAAGCUCACGUUGUGGCAUAUGCUUUUGGCUUUGUAGAUAAAAAUAUUGACGAAUCUAUGUGCUAUGAGGGGAUAAUUCAAUUGAAGAAAAUACGAAUUGUCAAAUGUAUCAACGAACUACAAGAAAUAUACAGAUGUGCUAUCUAUUUAAAUAAGAUGCUCUCUACUCAGAUGCUAGUACAAAUUUCUUUUCUCUGUAUCAUACCCUGCACUCUGAUGUAUAAUGUAGAAGCGGUCAAUUCAAUUGGUGAAUUUUUCUAUUUAUCAUCUCAAAUUGUAGUGAUCUUUUCGACGGCAUUUGUCAUGUGUUGGUACAACCAAGUACUCACUUUGACGAUUAUGCAAGUUGAGAAUUCUGUAAAUAAAUUAAAUUGGGAUGAAUAUGACACAAAAUUACGCAAAAUCCUAGUAUUUCUAAUAGCUAGACUUCAAAAACCAUUCCAAAUGACUUUAGCAAACUGGGUACCAAUUAAUAUUGCUGCAUUUUUAGCAAUGGUGAAGAUGUCUUAUUCGGUGUAUACAUUAAUAAAGAAUAGUAAAAAUGAAGUCCAGAAACAAUGAAUACAGGCCUCAUCGUGAAGACUUUUUUACAAAAAAUAUUCAAAACUUACUUAUCACAAUUUUUUUAGUUAUACAAAGGUUAAGCUAAUGAUGAUUUUUCAAGCUUUC